AUGCCUCCGGCAGUAUUGGACAAUCUUUUGAGUUCUAUGAAGUUUGUAUUAACUGGUAUGGGUUGGCUUCGUAUUAAUCUGGCUAAUCCAAAGAACAAGUUUCAUGCACAGACAAUCUUGCAAUGUACACGAUGUUUUAAUGACUCUUUUAUAAUGAGACCAAGUAUUGCAACCGCUCUCAAGUCAUUAUGGAAUGACAAAGGAAUACGACUGAGUAUCAUACGUGGUUACGAAUAUGAAUUAAAUGAUUCUGCAGUUUAUUAUUUUGAAAGUAUGGAUCGCAUAUGUUCUCCUAAUUACAUCCCUUCUGCCACCGACGUACUCCGUGCAAGAGUUCGGACAACUGGUAUUAUAGAAACUCACUUUAAAAUCAAUGGGGUCAUAUUCAGAUUGUAUGAUGUAGGGGGUCAAAGAUCGGAAAGAAGAAAAUGGAUCCAGUGUUUUGAUGAUGUCAGGGCAUUAUUGUUUGUUACUGCACUCAGUGGUUAUGAUAUGACAUUGUUUGAGGACCCUGAUGUUGUAAGUAACUUACAUAUCAUCCACACAUUUGCAUAGCAUCCACUCAUUUACAUAGCAUCCAUCAUUUGCAUAGCAUCCACUCAUUUGCAUAGCAUCCACACAUUUACAUAGCAUU